UCUUGAGUGCAGCUGUUAUGCAACCUAUGGACGUCGACAUCAGCUGCAAGUUGGCGGGCAUCCCCCUGUCCUGCUGCCUUCUGAACGCCUCGGGCCCCCGCAGCAAGUCCUUUGAGCAGCUGGCGGCAGUGGCCGGCUCCUGGUCCGGGGCCGUGGUCUCUAAGAGUGCCACCCUGAACGAGCGUUUAGGGAACGACCUGCCGAGAUACACGGAGGUUCCGCUGGGCGACAGGACCGCCAGCGUGAACUCGGAGGGCCUUCCCAACCAUAGCCUCAGCUUCUACACCGAGGCUUUGGUGAGGCUGAGAGAGGUGUCGCCCAAGCCGUUCAUUCUGUCCAUCUCCGGCCUUUCCUUGGACGAAAAUCUGCAGAUGCUGGACUACCUGGAGCAGAGCUCGGCGAGGGCGCACUUGAGUGCAGUGGAGGUGAACGUGGCUUGCCCAAAUGUGCCAGGGAAACCCCUGGUGGGUUACGACCUUCCACAGCUGGCGGAGGUGGUUCGGAGGAUCAGUGAACACCGGCUGUUCCGCGAUCGCGUGUUGGGCCUGAAGCUGCCGCCCUACUUGGACGCCCCCUUCUUCGAUCAGGUGGCCAACAUGCUGAACCCGCUUGCGCGGGCCAAAGGUGGCUCACUGGGCUAUGUGGUUUGUUGCAACACCUUGGGCUCCGCCUUGGCCGUGGACGUGGACUCCGAAGCCACCGUCUUGCACCCGAAGGGAGGCUUCGGUGGCGCGGGCGGCGCUUUGGUGCGUCUUCUCGCGCUGGGCAACGUGCGCCACUUCCGGCAGCGCCUGGACGCCAGCAUCGCCGUGGUGGGCUGCGGCGGCGUGGCAAGUGGCGAAGACGCCUUCGCGUUGAUCCUGUGCGGCGCGACUUGCGUCCAGGUGGCCACUCAGCACCACAUCGAGGGCAGUCGCUGCUUCCAGCGGAUCGCCGCAGAGCUGCAGCAGUUGAUGCGCAGGAAGGGCUAUUUGAGCCUGGCCGACUUCCGAGGCAAGCUGCGUGUUGCUGCGAAGCUCUGAUUCAGCCAGUCGCCCCGAAUUCGUGAGUCAGUCAAAGACCUGGGUUGUUCAAAUUCAUCCGCAAGAUUCGUG